ACAUGGCUUCUGCACAGCAGAAAACCUGAAUGAGGAUGAAUUUGGUGAAAGUUGCUACUUUGUCCAGAAAAUUCUUCUGUUUACUGCAAAACACCAGCAGUUGAGGUAAAAAGGACUCGCAAUCCUGUACUUUAAAGAGUUUGAAAAGGUAUGAAGCUCCGCGUGCAGCUGCAGUGUAAGAACCUCCAUGAGUACCUGAGAGAGCUGAGUCCAGACAUCCUGGAUCGGCUUUACAACCAUCCAGCCACAUGCCUCGCUGUGUUCAGGGAGCUCCCUGUACUGGCGAAGAACUAUGUGAUGCGAAUGCUCUUCCUGGAUCAAGCACUCCCUGAGGCUGCCACGUCCCUGUGGGUGAAGAAGGACGGUCAGAAGGAGCACGACCAUUGUGUGUCUGUGCUCAGGGGGCUUCGCCUUUGGCAUAGCCAGCAGCUCCAAGGGGGGCUGCAAGGGAUCGUGCUGAACCCCAUCUUCAAAGACAACCUGAGAAUCGCUGUUCUGGGGGGUGGGAAAGCAUGGGCGGACGAAGGCAGCAUUCUGGGGCCAGACCGGCAUGCGCGAGACGUGGAGAGCUUAGACCGCUAUGCCAUGGAGCGCUGGGAGGUGAUCCUGCACUUCAUGGUGGGCUCACCUAGUGCAGCUGUGAGCCAGGACCUGGCUCAGCUGCUCACGCAGGCUGGUCUCAUGAGAAGUGAGGCAGGAGAAGCCCCAUGCAUUACCUCGGCCGGGUUUCAGUUUCUUCUCCUCGAUACGGCUUCGCAGCUCUGGUACUUCAUUCUCCAGUACCUCAACACUGCCCAGUCCAGAGGGAUGGACCUGGUGGAAAUUCUGUCCUUUUUGUUCCAGCUCAGUUUUUCAACACUUGGAAGGGACUACUCAGUGGAGGGAAUGAGUGAAUCUCUGCUGACCUUCCUGCAGCAUCUGCGUGAGUUUGGGCUCGUCUUCCAGAGGAAGAGGAAGUCCAGGAGAUAUUACCCCACAAGGCUGGCCAUCACCCUGGCUGCGGGCGUCACGGCCAACAGCUCCUCUGCCUCCAUGCCUGUCACUCCUGGGACCGGUGACUCUGGCUUCAUUAUAGUGGAAACAAAUUAUCGCCUGUAUGCCUAUACAAACUCAGAACUGCAGAUUGCUCUGGUGGCCUUGUUCAGUGAGAUGCUAUACCGCUUCCCCAAUGUGGUGGUGGCUCAGGUGACUAGGGAGUCAGUCCAGCAGGCCAUAGCCAAUGGCAUCACUGCUCACCAGAUUAUCCACUUUCUGAGGACAAGAGCACACCCUGUCAUGCUCAAACAGACCCCUGUGCUCCCCCCCACAAUCACUGACCAGAUUCGACUUUGGGAGCUGGAACGAGACAGGCUGUCAUUCACAGAAGGAGUGCUAUAUAACCAGUUCCUGUCCCAGGCUGAUUUUGAAGUGCUGAGAGACAGAGCUCAGGAAUUAGGGGUGCUUGUGUGGCAGAACGCCCCACACAGGGUGAUGGUUGUGACACCCCACGGACACAGUGAAGUGAAAAGGUUCUGGAAAAGGCAGAAAAGUCACACAUAGUGCUGGGAGCAGAUGACCCCAGCUGUGACAUGUGCUGAAGGCCAGCUGCUGGUUGUGAGCUGAGGCACUGGAAAAGAUGGAGAGCUCUGAAAGAAACCAGAGCUUGAGUUAUACCACUUUUUGUUGGACUUAAUGAGAAUGCAUUCAAAAGUCUGGAACAUAAAUAUGCAGUCUAAUUUCUGUGCAAUGUUGAGGGCUGGCACUGUUUUGUCAUCAUAAGCACGUGAGAUAAGGUAUUUUGAAAUAAAUUUUUUAAUGAAUAGCAUGCUUUUACAGUAUUUAAUGAAUUUAUGAGUAAUAGGAUAUACCCUCUUUAUAUUUUCUAAAAAUACUUUGCAUUUUAGACUAUAUGGUCUCCCACAUUGUAAAAAUUCAAGCUUGUCAUCAAAUCACACACUUUUACAAUGGAAAAAAGUGAAAACUAUGAAAAUGAUAUACCACACUAGAAACAGCAAAUGGUGAAACUCAAGUGAAAAUCAG